GCGUCACAUGACAAACCAGGAAGUGCCCUCACAGCAAACACAACACAACCCAGACGCAGUCACACUUUUAAAGAGUGUUCCCGUUACUUACCAUGUCUUAAACCAACCAGAAGCCAUGACUCUGCGUGUCAACAUGUGUGUGUGUGUUUCUGGUGUGUUGUUGUGUUUGUUUUCCGGAGUUUUAUCCGGAUUUUCUUCGGUGAAGGACCAACAACACACUGUGAGUCUGAGCGGUAAAUGGAGUCUGUCCAACAGUAACGGCUCAGUGUCUCUGCCUGCAGAGGUGCCAGGAUGUGUUCAUUCAGCCCUGCAGCAACAGGGAUACAUCCAGGACCCGUAUUUCAGGUUCAACGAUGUGUCUUAUCGGUGGAUUGCUUUUGACAACUGGACGUACUCGACCACAUUUAAUGUAUCUACCCAGCUGAGGUCAAAACAAAAAGUGCUUCUCGUCUUUGACGGUGUCGACACUGUAGCAUCGAUUCAGCUCAAUGGAGUCAGUGUCGGGAAGACGGACAACAUGUUUCGUAGAUAUGACCUCUCAGUCAGAGACCUGCUGACGGACGCAGAUAACGAGCUGAGAGUGAGCUUCUCGUCUCCGGUUCUUUAUGCAUCCGAGCGCAGGAAAGCUCAUUCUGCCUACAGAGUUCCUCCUGAAUGUCCUCCAGACGUCCAGAAGGGGGAAUGUCACGUCAACUUCAUCAGAAAAGAGCAGAGCUCUUUCAGUUGGGACUGGGGGCCUUCCUUCCCCACGAUGGGUCUGUGGAAGGGAGUUCGACUGGAGGCGUUUGACGUCCUGCAGCUCAUCCAGGUGUCCUCUGUUCCUCUGUACAACUUGAGCGUCUCUCAGUGGAGAGUCCAUGUUCAGCUUCUUGUCGAUGCGGUUCAGACAACAAACGGCCAAAUCACGCUCUCCAUACCCGAGCUGGAGUCGGAGCAGACCGUCCAGACACAGUUUCUCUCAGGAAAGACCAAGAACAGCAUCACCUUACACAUCAACACGAGCAGCCAGGUGAAGCUGUGGUGGCCCAACGGACACGGUGACCAACCCUUCUACCAGCUCACUGUCAGAGGCUUUCAGGAUGGAUUUUUAGUCCUCAGUACAGAAUCAAAGGUGUAUUUCCGCACAGUGGAACUGGUCCAGGAGCCGGUUGUCGGGUCUCCAGGAUUGAGCUUUUAUUUCCGAAUCAACGGGAAGCCAAUUUUCCUCAAAGGCUCCAACUGGAUCCCGGCCCACUCCUUCCAGGACCAGGUCUCCCCUGCUGUCUUGAGGAACUUGUUGCAGUCGGCUGUGGAUGCUAACAUGAAUGCCCUCCGGGUCUGGGGAGGAGGGGUGUACGAACAGGAUCUCUUCUACAGCAUCUGUGAUGAGAUGGGAAUCAUGGUUUGGCAGGACUUCAUGUUUGCCUGUGCCAUGUAUCCCACCGAGGACGACUUCAUACAGACCGUAAGAGAGGAGGUCAGCCAACAGGUUCAGCGCCUCAAGUCUCAUCCUUCCGUAAUUAUCUGGAGCGGGAACAAUGAAAACGAAGCUGCCCUCGCGACGGACUGGUUCAGCAUCCCCGUUUCCCAGAGGCCUCUGUACCGGAAAGACUAUGUGACGCUGUAUGUGAACAACAUACGGGCGAUAGUUCGAGAGGAGGACGAGAGUCGGCAGUUCCUCGUGUCCAGUCCGACAAACGGGGCUGAAUCAGAGCAGGAAGGAUGGGUGGCAGCGAACCCCUACGACCCUCUCUAUGGGGAUACACAUUUCUACAGCUACUUCCUGGACUGCUGGGACUGGAGGACUUUCCCACGAACACGUUUCGCCUCUGAAUACGGCUUCCAGUCCUGGCCUUCAUUCUCCACCCUGCAGCCGGUGUCCGUUAAAGCAGACUGGAGCUACAACAGCAGUUUCUCUUCCCAUCGUCAGCACCAUGAGAACGGGAACCAGCAGAUGUUACAGCAGGCUGCUUUACACUUCAACCUGCCGAACGCCACAGAUCCCCUGAAGAGAUUCACAGACACUCUCUACAUCACUCAGGUCAUGCAGGCUCAGUGUGUGAAGACUCAGACUGAGUUUUACCGGCGAAGUCAGAGUGAGAUCAUCGAGGGCAAAGGUCGCACCAUGGGCGCUCUCUACUGGCAGCUCAAUGAUAUUUGGCAAGCGCCGUCCUGGUCAUCGAUCGAGUUUGGUGGAAAGUGGAAAAUGCUGCAUUAUUUUGCGCAGAACUUCUUCGCCGCCGUCCUUCCUGUCGCCUUUGAGGACAACGACACGCUGUUCAUCUACGCCGUCUCAGACCUGAGUCACGACCUGAAGCUCAGAGCUGUGGUGUCCGUGUACUCGUGGGCUGAUCUGGAUCCUGUGUGCACACUGAAGUCAGACCUGCUCCUGGUCCCUGGAGGCAGCGCCGCGGCCAUUUUUAAGCAGCCGGUCACCGCCCUGCUGGCAGGAUGUGGACUCUGCACUCGCCUCACCUGCCUGCUCACCUUUCACCUGGAGGACAGCGGCGGCCAGCAGGGUCCCACCAACCACCACUUCCUGAGCUCACCUAAAGACGCUCAGGGACUCCAGAGACCAAACAUCACAGCCAAGGUGCAGCAGGAUGCGACGGGAUACACCGUCACCCUCCACUCUGCCUCUGUGGCUCCGUACGUCUGGCUCGACGUGGGAAACGUUCCCGGACGCUUCAGUUCCAACGGCUUCCUGAUGGUUUCUAGAAACAGGACAGUGGGUUUUGAAGCGUGGCGCUCCACCAGCGUCGCUGAACUCUCCAGAUCCCUCACCGUCACAUCUUUGGCAGAUGUUUACUGACCUGAGACCAGCCAGCAAAGAUUAUACCAAAGUGCAGAGACAACAGAGGGCACACCGGGACUGUCCUGUAUCUGAACGGACUUUGUGUCUUUUAAAGAGAUAAUACGGCUUGUGUUUGACUCUUUGGAUCAGAGAGUUAUAUUUUUUUACUGAACCUGAUGAAGUUGAGACUUUUCACCAAUUUUCGAAAUGUUUGCUCGUCUUUUCUUGCCAAAAAAAUCAGAGUGGGUUUGCAGCUCUUGGCAAAAGGACGACCUGCUGAAUUCAGUCACUGAGGGCCUUUACAUGAAUCAUUCAUUCACACAAAACCCAUCAGACAAAGAAAUGGAAUGUGUGAAGAUCAGUACAUGCUUGAUAACGUUUAACAAGAUCAACUGGAUGAAGAAUUAUUCCAGAUUUCUAGACUGAUGACAUAUAUCUGAGAUCUUUAGCCACUGAAAUAAAAGGAUAAUUAAUUAGGCUCCAAAACCGACAAUGACAUCGAUCUGAUCAGUAUUAUUCACUGGAAAAUGUUUUUUCCUUUUGUGUGUUUUGCUUGUUUGCACAUCUCUCAGAUAAUUGACUGAACAAAGAUUCAUACUUGACGUCAUGGAUGUGUUGUUUUUUGUACAGAACUGUUCAAAAAGUGUACGUGCUAAUUUUUAUUCUGAUGAUCAGUCUGAAAAUAUCCUGAUUGUAUCAACUGUGGUUGAUAGUUUAAUGAAUGAAUAUGAAAAAUGUUGCAUACACUGAGUAAAUGAUUAUACAUGAUGACUUCA